CCACCCCCACCCCCCUUCCACCUAUAAAUUCACCCCCCUCCUCCCACCCCGAUCCCGACUGCUGAUCAACCCCUCAUAACUCCUAGACGACUCUUCUCGCACUCAUGAACCCAUUUGACCUCACUGCUCAUCAUUCGGAAUCGGGCUCGGACGAGAAUGCUGGAGCCUCCCCUCUGAGCACCAACUCGGGCGAUCAGGACUACAAUCACUUUGGGCCUCCAUCCUAUAGAGGAGAAGGCAAGAAGUUUCAAUGUCCUCGGUGCGAUGCCUCGUUUACGCGCCCCAGUUCACUUAGACAGCAUCUUCUAAUUCACACCGGCGAAAAACCGAUUUUCGGUCGUAUCGAAUCUCAGACGCCACUUCCGCUCCUGCGAAGGCGUCAAGAGCCGCAAUCGACCCGGGAAUCCUUCCAACAGGACAUCCGAUAGUCCAGGAGCCACCAUCGCACUCCUCCCAUCGUUCGAAAUCGACAUGCCCGGUGAAGAACCCACAUCGUUCAACGACACCGCAGGAGGUGGUGGGAGCCCUCAGCAGCGUAGGGACGUACCUACUCAGCACGUAUUUCAAGCUGUUAUCAGGGAUCCCAGUUCUCUAAGCCCUCAACGACCACCUC